AGCACCAGAGCGGAGAAACCCUCUCCACGGACUCCCGGUCGCUCGCCCAAAACCCUCGCCCCCCGUUCGAUCCCGCCGGCCGCCGCCCGUCUCACGCCCAGACCGCCGCGACGCUUCUCAAUCCCCAGCUCUCCGACUCCGGGCACCGCCGCCUUUGAUCCCCACCCCGCCGCAAAACCCUCCCAAUGGCAGCAUCCCAGAAGCCAACAGAAAGGUUGGUGUCGGUGUGCACCCCAACGACGGCGGAGACCACGCUCGUGUUCGAGAUCGCCGGUUACAGCCUGCACAAGGGCAUCGGCGCCGGCAAAUUCAUCCAGUCCAACCCCGUCUCCGUCGGCGGCUACGAGUGGUGCAUACGCUACUACCCUGACGGGGACGCAAGCAAGGAGAGCGAGGACCACGUGUCAGUCUACCUGGAGCUCCUGAGCAAGGGCGCCAAGGCAAGGGUGAUCUACGACUUGAGGCUGGUCAACCAUGAAAUCGACCUGUCCACGGGGAGGUGCUGCCCGAAAUCGCCGACAGAGUUCGACUCCCUCGACACCAGCAACAACGCAUCCAUCGUUGGGAGAAACAAGCAGCUCAAGAAGAAGAGAAGCGAACUAGAGAAGUCUCCGUUCCUGCGGGAUGACCGCCUCAUGAUCGAGUGUGCCCUCACUGUGAUCAAGGAACCACUUGUUGAGGAGACCGUUAAAAUCCGGGUGCCGCCCUCAGACCUGGCAAAUAAUCUUGGAAAAUGGCUAGAGACGGAGGAGGAAACAGAUGUGACGUUCAAUGUCACAGGGGAGACCUUCCAUGCGCAUAAGAUCUUGCUUGCGAUGCGGUCACCGGUCUUCAAGGCCCAGCUUUAUGGACCGAUGGGAGACAGGACGGCGCGGAACAUAACCGUGGAAGAUAUGCAGCCUGCUGUUUUCAAGGAAUUGCUUUACUUCAUCUACAAUGAUUCAUUUCCUUCCCUGGACAACCCCGGUGAGGAGAAUGACGACAUGGUUAAGCAUUUACUGGUGGCCGCAGAUCGGUAUGCCAUGGAAAGAAUGAAGAUGAUAUGUGAAGCCACUCUCUGCAAAAGUCUUACUGUCGAGACUGUCGCAUCCACGUUAGCUCUGGCUGAUCAGUAUCAUUGCAGCGGGCUCAAAGAUGCUUGCAUUGAAUUUGCCAUCUCUUGUAAUAGAAUGGGUGGUGUGGUUGCAAGCCAAGGGUAUGUGCACUUGAAAAGAUCAUGCCCUGCUGUCUUAGGAGAUAUCCUGGAGAGAGUAACGAAGUCUCCCAAAGUUUAGUGUGCUCAUUCCGGGGUAAACUUGGAUAAGUUAGGUUAGUUAACAUGUAGCCACCUGAGCUGAAGUCGUCUCUUAUCCUCACUUGUCACCUUUAGAGAUCUUUCCGAGGAGCAACUAAAUCUUGGAAAUUUAGUAUGCUCAUCUUGGGAUCAUGUGUUAGCUUAAUUACCUGUACUACUUGAUACACGACCAUAUGAGAUGAAUCUGGUUUAUAUCUGCUAUACUUGGUUUCUCUUUUUUCUUAAAGGUGGGGACGCUUUCAAUUUGUUGUCAUUUACUUACUUUUUAAGUAUAUAUAUUACAUGUGCUACAAACUACUCCCUCCGUUCCCAAAUAUAAGUCUUUCUAAAGAUCUCACCAAGUGACAA